AUGUCGGAUGGGAAAGCAUAUGAGACCUCGGAAUUUGACUAUGGCCUCCGGGACGAGGACUCGGACUCGGAAUCUUCCGUGGGCAAUAGACCAACAAUUGUGAUCAUGGGCUUGAAGCGAAGUGGAAAGACGUCGAUUAGGAAGGUCGUUUUCCAAAAAAUGUCGCCGAAUGAAACUCUUUUCGUGGAAAGUACAGCUAGAGUGACUAAUGAAUGUAAGUUCCCUAUUGUAUUACUUAAGUUACACUUUAGCGGUCUCUGAUUCCUUUAUUAACUUCGAAACAAUCGAAUUUCCUGGCCAAGUCGAUCCGUUUGAAGCAAGCUUUGAUCCGAAUGCCAUCUUUUCUCGAUGCGGAGCGCUUUUGUUUGUUAUCGAUGCGCAAGCUGAUUACGACGAAGCUUUGAAGAAGAUGGUCCCAUCUAUUGUCAGAUCCUAUCAGAUCAACAAAAACAUUAAAUUUGAAGUAUUUGUACACAAAGUAGAUGGUCUGAGUGAAGAAACAAAGAUGGAAACACACCGGAAAAUCUUUCAGACGGUCCAAGAUGACCUCGCGGACCAGGGAAUGGAGAAGAUCCGCAUAAAUUAUCACAUGACCAGUAUAUACGACCAUUCCAUCUUUGAAGCUUUCAGCAAAGUCAUUCAAAAACUAAUCAAACAGUUAUUGGCUUUAGAAUCAUUAUUGGACAUCUUUAAUCAGGUAUGUCAAUAUGCAAAGGGUUUGAUCAUUUUAGGGAUCGAAUGUCGAGAAAUCAUUUUUGUUUGAUGUUGCUAGUAAGAUUUACAUUGCUACUGAUACCUCACCCGUUGACAUGGCGACAUACGAGCUAUGCUGUGACAUGAUUGAUGUGGCCACAGAUAUAUCUUCCAUCUAUGGGUAAGUUAGAACGGCAUGUGAAUGUAAAAGAUUUUUCAAUUAGGAAUUCGAAUCGCGCUGAUGGCUUCGACCCAAAUUCUUCUGCGGUUAUUACUCUCAAAACAAAACAAGUCAUCUUCCUGCGGCAGAUCAAUCUGUAUCUGGCUUUGGUUUGUGUAAUUAAGGAGGAGAAUUAUGAGAAGCAAGGUCUUAUCGAUCACAAUUUCGAUGUCUUUAAACGAGUGAGUUUGUAUAUAUACAUUUUUAUAUACAUAUAUUUAAAUUUUUUGACACGCACACGUCAAAAAAUUUUUUUGCAGCCAAAUACUAAUUAUGCUCUUGCUGUCUUUUUAGAUCAAAAGAAUCUAGGCAAUUGCGUCGUUACGAAACGAUUUAGCAGCAAAAGACUAAAAUAAGGUUUUGAAUCUACUAUUUUUCGGCCAGUCCGGUUUGUUCCAAAUUUUUAAUUUGAACUACCCUUGGGCAUCCUAAAAAAGUGUUUCAGAAGUUUUCCCAAUUUAAAACUUUUUUGUGGUUGAUAUGAGUAAUCGCCGUCAUACGUCAUCUGAGUCAUACUAACCGCGCUCAAAAGUCCCGACAAUUUUCGCACUGUGCAUCUUUCUCCGAUUUUUCGCAUUUGUCGCCGCGAUUUCCCGUUUUUGCACUACCGACGUGCACUUUCGCCCGCGACAAACCUAAAUUUGCGCUCGCGACGUCGAAACCCUGAACUUUCGCACGGUGUAAAAAAUGUCGGGACUUUUUUGAGCGCGGGUAGUAAGUAUUUCACGGUUCUACACCUAUCGCUUCACGAGGGACUACCAGGCUUAGUUUUAGGCCUAGUUUGCUUAGUCGCUAAGGCUCGCUGCUUAUGUUUCCUGUAUUAGGCUUAACCUUGCGCAGCGAUGCGUGAGUUCAAACGCGGCGGGUCGGCCCAAAAACAUGACAAGGUCGUGUGUUUCGUGUGCAGCCUGUCAGAGUUUUAAUUAUCCGGGGCCGAUUUCUGGCCUUCUAGCGGGCCGGUUCGGAACAAAUCAAAAAAAGCCGCGCAAUAAGUUUUCGGCUGAUAAAUGUGCCAGCCAAAAAAAGUAAAAACGUGAAGUUCCGUCACAUUGAUUUUUUGCCAAGUGUCCCAGAAUUAUCGAGUCAGAAAAAAUACUUCCCCUUCGGAACAAUGUUUUAAAAUUUUCUUUUGUGACUCCAUAAUUCGGCGAUAUUUCGCGAAAGAUCAAUGUUACGGAACUUAAAACAAGUUUUGCGAGAGACUCGAGCUUUCAAAUUUGCCUUGUGCACAUUAAACAGGAUGUCACAGUAGAGCCAUGAAACACUAACCACAUGUUACCCUCACCGCGAGUACUAAAUUUCAGAAAAAAUUUUUUUGAUUAUUGGCCUACUGUAGGCGUACUGUAGCUUUCCCGCAUUUCCAGGAUCUCAGCCACGAGAGGUUGGAUUCUCUCCGGACCUUCUCCGUGUUAUAGAAUGGACAAUUCCAAGCAACUUUCGUAUUGACACCUUUUUCCUAGGACUUCUGGAAGUAUGUGAAAAAUUUGCAUAUUUGGCAAAAAAUUUAUAUUUCUUAAAUUUUCUAAAAAAAUUUGCAUAUCGGGACGUCCUUUUUAUUGCUCUAAAUGACGCUCCAUGAAGCGACAAUUCAAACAGUAUAUAGGUCAUCGCAAGGCGUUCUGCCUAUGUUGCAAACGAGGCUUCUAAAGGUCGGGUCAUCACGGAUUUUUCUCGGGCUAAAAUUUUAUAUGCGAGACAUUGGGACAAAUUUGGUCUUAUUAUAAUCUACGCAAAAUUCUAAGACUUUUGGACCCCACUUUUAUGAGUCUCAGACCGACCGGUCGAAAGAUACGACCGAGUUUUGAGACUUUCCGGUAUUUUUCAAUUUUUACCCGGAAGGUGACGGAAUUUCGGGAUUUCUAGGAUUCUGAUGGUAGUAUUCGAUGUAGCACGUAUGGAGUUGCCUACGUACAUCGAUCCCGCAUACCGAUACGGAUGUUCGCGAAAAAAAGAAAUUUUUGUCUAAAAAUUUUUGCGCAAUAUCUAACAAAACUCCAUUUUGAUGACUGAAAUUCAGCAUUCUGAUGGCACAAUUGAAUCCGAACAUAUAAUUUGACCUAGAUACGUGCUUUAUUCAUCACAUUAGCGUUUCGUAUUUUAGAUAUUAAAAUUUCUUUGAAGAAAACCCCAAAAAAUUUGCAUGAUUUUUUUUUGAACUGAAAAUAAACGGAAUGAUCGAUUCGGCCUAUAGAAUAAUCCCGAAAUGCGGCAACUAAAAAAGGUAAUUUUGUCGAUUUUUUCUAUUAGAAGCUAACUUGCGGCAUGUUGUUAGACUCCAAAAAAAAUACAGAUGUACCUCAGAAUAUUCCUAGAAGCGACAACCAACUUUUCAAAAAAUCUUGAAUAGCCAAUGUACGAAAAGCGACAAACUUUGGGUUAUCCAGGGUUGCUGAAUUAAACGCAAUCAAAGAAACCCCGAAAUUCCGUCACCUUCCGGGUAAAAAUUGAAAAAUACCGGAAAAGUCUCAAAAAUCGGCCGUAUCUUUCGACCGGUCGGUCUGACAAGGAAAGUACUUUUAUGGGGGCUCCUACUUUUUGACGGGACAUAUCUCAAAAAAUCAGAAAAAAUGUGCUGAUCAAGGAUAUAUAAAUCUUAGCUGCCCAUUUUAGGUUUUUAGGGCUGAAAACUCAAUCGGAAGUUGACUAAAAGUCCUAUAUGAACCCCUUUUCGCCUAAUUUUUCACGGGUUUACAAUUUUUAUUUUGGCUUAAAAUGAUGUUUAUUGAUUUUGUAAGACGUUAUAAAUCAGUCUUGGCACAAAAAUUUAUUUUUCCAACCUUCAUCAUCGAAAAAAGUUGAUCCAGCCCAAAAGGGAAAUCGAACCCGUGCGGCGUUCCCCCUCUUGAUUCCCAGACUACGACACUAACCACUCGGCCACACCGCUCUCUUCCGAAGGAAGAGACCGACUGCGCUUUUUAUCGUUUCGAAUGCAUGCGCCUUUUGUAGGGAAAUUGAGCCAGUUUUUGGGCAUUUUCACCCUUAAAAGCCCAAAAUGGGCAGCUAAGAUUUAUAUAUCCUUGAUCAGCACAUUUUUUCUGAUUUUUUGAGGUAUGUCCCGUCAAAAAGUAGGAGCCCCCAUAAAAGUACUUUCCUUGUGAGACUCAUAAAAGUGGGGUCCAAAAGUCUUAGAAUUUUGCAUAGAUUAUAAUAAGACUAAAUUUUGUCCCAAUAUCUCGCAUAAAAAAUUUUAGCCCAAAAAAAAUCCGUGAUGACCCGACCUUUAGAAGCCUCGUUUGCAACAUAGGCAGAACGCCUUGCGAUGACCUAUAUACCGUUUGAAUUGUCGCUUCAUGGAGCGUCAUUUAGAGCAAUAAAAAGGACGUCCCGAUAUGCAAAUUUUUUUGGAAAAUUUAAGAAAUAUAAAUUUUUUGCCAAAUAUGCAAAUUUUUCACAUACUUCCAGAAGUCCUAGGAAAAAGGUGUCAAUACGAAAGUUGCUUGGAAUUGUCCAUUCUAUAACACAGAGAAGGUUCGGAGAGAAUCCAACCUCUCGUGGCUGAGAUCCUGGAAAUGCGGGAAAGCUACAGUACACCUACAGUAGGCCAAUAAUCAAAAAAAUUUUUUCUGAAAUUUAGUACUCGCGGUAAGGGUAACGUAUGGUUAGUGUUUCAUGGCUCUACUGUGACAUCCUGUUUCAUGUGCACAGCUAGCUCGACCCUUACAAAAAAGCUCGUUAAAACGUUUUCGCUCUUCUUCUUUGACGUGUGGCAUACCCGUGUUGAAAGUAUUAAUUAAUAAAUUAAAUUUUAGCAAAUUGAACAAGUAUUCAAAUUGGGAAGAGCCGACUCUAAUUCUGUAUGA